AGCUCGGCCAUCGUACCCUGUGCUCGUGUUCCUGUGUGCGUUCUAACAUAUGCAAUGCUUGUCCCUCUGCUCGCGUUUGCUAUCCUUAGCUCGGACCUCUGCCACGUCAGCUCUGCGACGUUGACCGAUCUACUACCAGACCUUCUAGUCCACACCUUGAACCAUAGCCGCGCCGUUAAUGGGUCGAGCAUAGACGAUUAUCAAGGAGCACCGUUAACCACCCUACAGUUGGACAUCAAGCCAGGACGUCUCUACACGCGCCUUCUUCUGCAAGAGCCUAAAGACGUCCCAACGGCCAUCGUGAACGUGAACGACGAAAAUCUAAGCAAACGUGACUUCAUCGUCAAGCACUCGCCCCUAGCGCAUCGUCGGCAAUACAUCUUCGUUGUCUCCGAUCAGGGCGACGUCAAGUCCACUGACCAGAGUGUUGCAUUCCGCAGAAGGUUUGGCUUUCAAAACCCUCUCGUGACAAGAGGAUUAUCUGCAGAUUCCCUCGCGGCUGUACGCAGAAGGGUGAAACGGCGCAAACGAAGCCUUGCAGGCGAUGACAGCAAGUUCCAAGCGCAUGCCCUACUCUCGGAUAGCCACCAACCCAAAGAUAUCUUCGACGCUUACAGAGGAAACCUAACCAGGGACGGCGUCGUACCUCACUUCUUGGCGGACGUACCGAAGCAACUAAUCAAUGUCGACUACGGCUACGGCCGCAAAAUCCGAAUGGGCAACUUUUUUGUAUCUCAGCAGCUCUGGCUCGAACCCUUGCACGUUUCCUUCGACAUGAAAGAAGGGAACCUCUACACACUAUUCCUUACGGACAUCACCUUCAUGUUCUGGCAGUACUGGCUGGUGGUCAACAUCGUCACCAAGGAUGUGUACUCUGGCGAUGAGCUCAUCCUCUACAGCGGACCCUUCCCGACCUCUGGACGUCCAGAGACUCUGGUCUUCCUCCUCUACUCUCAGGGCAGUCGAGUAAUUGAAAUUGCAGAGUUCAAGGGGGAAACGGGCUAUGACCUGGCCACCAAGGACCCCAGAGUGUUUGCGCACGAGUGGAAUCUGGGCGAUCCGGUCGCGAUCAAUUAUUUCCUGACAGACGCGGAAAGAGAUGACGUCCGUGCAGCGUUUAUAAACAACCGGGAAGCUGAGAAGAGGAAGAAAAGGCGAGAAUUAAUUUUGAAACGUAGGAAGACCAAGGAGCCACUGCUGAAGGUCACAAAAGAGGCAGAAGCUGAGAUAAAACAGCCAGAAGAAGCUAAUAACUGCCAUAUUUCGCGAUUGUGGUGGCCACUGUUGCUGAUGUGUUUUAUACGUUGAAUAUGGUGUGCUCCUGUACGCGUAGUAAAGUAGUAUUCAAACUGAAAUUGGUUAUUCCUUGUAACGCAAGAAAAUUGUGCGUACAAAUAUAUACUG